AUGAUCGAUGGCAAUGGUGGAGGUGGUGGUAGCGAAACCGACAUUAUCGGUAGCGCAUCCGAAAUAUUCAAAGAUCGUCUUUAUUUUGCUACAUUACGAAUAAAACCUAAAUCAACUGCAAAUACACAUUAUUUUUCUAUUGAUGAUGAAUUUGUUUAUGAAAAUUUUUAUGCUGAUUUUGGUCCACUUAAUUUGGCUGUAGUUCAUCGAUAUUGUACAAAACUAAAUAAAAAAUUAAAUAAUUCUACUUUAGCACAUAAACGAAUUAUUCAUUAUACAACAUUUGAUCCAAAGAAACGGGCUAAUGCAGCUUUUCUUAUUGCUACUUAUUCAAUCAUUUAUUUAAAACGAACGCCCGAAGAUGCAUAUAAACCAUUAGUAAGUGGUAUAAAUGCUGCCCAUCCAUUUUUACCAUUUCGAGAUGCAUCACUUGGUUCAUCAUCAUAUAAUCUUACCUUACUUGAUACAUUACAAGGUUUUUACAAGGCAAUGCUUCAUGGGUUUUUUGAUUUCGAAAAUUUUGACCUAGAUGAAUAUGAACAUUAUGAAAAAGUUGAAAAUGGAGAUUUAAAUUGGAUUGUACCUCGUAAAUUACUUGCUUUUUCUGGACCACAUGCAAAAAGUAAAAUAGAAAAUGGUUAUCCAUUACAUGCACCUGAAGCAUAUUUUACUUAUUUUCGUAAACGUAAUGUAUCAACAAUUGUACGUUUAAAUAAAAAAAUAUAUGAUUCUAAACGAUUUAUUGAUGCGGGUUUUGAUCAUUAUGAAUUAUUUUUUAAUGAUGGUAGUACACCCAGUGAUGCAAUUACAUUAAAAUUUUUAAAUAUUGUUGAACAAGCAAAAGGUGCUGUUGCCGUUCAUUGUAAAGCGGGUCUUGGUCGAACGGGUACUUUAAUUGGAGCAUAUUUAAUGAAACAUUAUAAAUUUACAGCAGCUGAAGUUAUUGCUUGGUUAAGAAUAUGUCGACCUGGAUCAGUUAUUGGACCACAACAAAAUUAUCUUGAAGAAAAGCAAGCAUGGCUUUGGUCAUUAGGUGAUACAUAUAGAAUUAAAGAUCGACCACGAUAUAUGUCAUAUUUUGGUACAAAUUCUUCUAUGGAUACAUUUGCUCAUCAUCCAUUUCGUUAUUCAAUCGGAGAUAAUAAUAAUAAUAAUACUAAUGAAGAAGAGAAUGAAGGUGAAAUAACACAAGGCGAUCGAUUAAAUGAAAUAAAAGCACGUCGUAUGCAACAUCAUCAUUCAACACCAUCACCAACUUGGGUUCCACCAAAUACGAAUGUAACAUCAAGUCUUACAUGUAAAUAUUGUAUUAAAACUUAUCAGUCAUCAUUGGCACUUAACAAACAUAUGAAAAAUCAACAUUCCGAUAAAAAUAAUCAUGCAAAUCAACAAUUAUCGAUAAAAUGUGAAAAAUGUAUGAACAACAAAAUAUUUUCAACAAAAAAAGCUCUACAAUUGCAUCAAAUUCGAAUGCAUGAUAACAAUAAUACUAUCGCCAUUGGUGAUGGUACCAAUAGAUUCAAUCCAUCAACAGCAUAUAAACGUGCUCAUACACCAUUGACUUCAACAGGCAGUAUGCCAGCUCAUGUUUCAUCAACAAUCAAUCCAUCAACUGGUAUACGUCGUAGUUAUGGACCAAUGUCAAAUACAUCUUCCAAUGUUAUAUCAAAUUCAAAUACACGUAAACCUCGUUCUUAUAUAUCAUCAGCAACAUCAAUAAUGAAAAAUCCAAUGUAUCCGAGUGGACGUUAUAUAAGUUCAAUAACCAAUAAUAAUAAUAAUAAUAUUGGAACAACAUUAACUGUAUCUGAUAGUGAUAAUCGUGAUCCAAUAUCAUCAGCUAUAUUAAAAGUUUCAUCAAGUCAACAACAUCGUGGUAAAUCACAAAUGACAAAUAAUAUUUCAUUACCUACUCAUUCUUAUUAUACACGAUCAAAAUCGUCCUAUUCCAAAUAUUAA